GUUGGGUCCGUUUGUUGUUGUUUGUUGUCGGCGUUGUUGUUGUUGCUGCUUGAACUCUCCUGCUUUUGAGGCAUUGUCUUGAAAAUCGUCUCUUUUGGCAUGUCAUAAUCUACUAGACAUGGCGUCUGCACAAAACAAUACCGAUAGACAUAACCUUACGAUCUUGUGGGAAGGUUUAAAAUGUCUUGUCACACCUACAAGUGCUGCUGAAUCUGGAGAAAUUGAUGGUCUGCGGGAAGCAUUUCAGUUUAAUCUGAAGAAGGCAAUUCUGACAUUGGGAUAUGAAAACGUCCAAGAAGUCCCACAUCAAGGUUGCCUCAUUGAUUGUGGCUCAGAUUUAAUUUGGGACUAUGUGGAGACUGUUAUGUUUAUCAUUUUACAAUUGGAAGAGAAACUCCAAGAAGAUGAUUUGAGCGUUUCCCAUCAAAAGUAUGCUCGUUCAAGCUUGCAGUUUGUAGCAUCGAUGGGCAUUCUGCCCAAUGUCAUUCCUGGACUAAUUUCGCUGGCACCUAAUUGUGCAAUGGCAAAAUUAUUAGAUGAGGAACCUUCUCCAAUAAUGCAAAAAUAUGAACGCCUCUCCAUUGUCAUGAAAUUUUUCCUACGUUGCUGUGAUAACUCUAAUUUUAGGCCUCUCAUUAUUUCUAAUGUUAUUCAUGAACUAUUAUCUGCUUUAUUCCAAUUAAGUUAUGCACCAGUCAAGAAACCAACUUUGGAGGAGAAUACAAAUAUGCAAUCAAACUCGAACUUCAUUAUGACAACUGAAAUCUGGGAUAGAAUUGAAAAGGACAAGGUAUAUUUCAGAACUUUUCUCCUGAAACUUGUUAAGGAAACAUACCAGCCUAAAAUCAUGUUGGAGCUCAUGAUUCUUCAAGGAUACAAAAAGGAACAUACAUCUCCAUUGUGGCUGAAGAAGGCUGUUUCAAGUGUUUUGACUUCUUGUCUCGUUCAGCCUGGUGGUGUUGCUUCAUUAAUUCAAGCUACAUUUGAUUCUUCCCCAGACUCUGCAGCUGACUGGAAGAAAACUGAGAUCUUGGCAAAAAUAAUUACAAGCCCUCUUAGUCACUACAAUAACAUAGCAAAUCAGCUACUUAAUUUAAUGCAGAAAGUAGAGGGCCAUGGACAUAACGAUAUGCAUGUCAUAAUAGUUGCAUGUAUUAGACAACUUUUAGAGAGAGAUGCUGCUCUUUGUCACAAAUUGAUCUUAGAACCAUUGUUGCUACCACUCAGCCAUAUUUCUUCUGAAGUAAGCAAAGUAAAUGAAGAUAGUGUUAUACUUAGUGAAGAAAAAAUUGAAUCCCUCAUAAACAUUGUCCACAAAUGUUUUGCCUCACCUGGGAGUAAUGUCAGUACUGUAAAUUUACCUGCAACAAUUAUCUUACCUCAUACAUUUUUCUUUUACAAAAUAUUCUGUAAAGUAAAUGGUAGUGUCAGUAGGCUGUCUAAAUGUAUUGAAGAUAUUUUGUAUCAUGUUUUGUGUGACAGCACUCCUCAAGACCUUGAGAAAAUUUUGAAAUGUCUUCUGUUUGAGGAGAAACAGGAGGGCAUGUACAUUCUUCCUCCAAGUUUUGAUUUCAGAUUUGAUGCAAAUGGAGGUGUCUCUCUUAGUCAAGUUCCUGAACUCCCAAAGGACUUGUUUUCUUCAACUGUUGAGAACUCUGGGGACAUGCUAAUGAUUUUUCUUGAGAAGAAAAAUGAUUGUGCUCUCUCAGUUUCUGUGUUUGAGGUGCUGCUAAAAAUAUUGGUUAAGAAAGGCAUGAAACCGAGCACUGUUCAUACUACCAUUUUGGGAACAGUAGAAGAUACUUUAGCAUCUCUGAUGUUAGCUUCUGAAAAACAUCUUGGUAUUGUCCGAUUGCUAGCUGCCCUUGUUGAGAAUACUGGUGUGAAGCAGAAGCUUUCUGAAGAUCCAGAACCUAUUCUAGUAUUUAUUUUUAAUCUCUUUGAAUCUGUAGCUCCUGAUUCUGCAUCUGGAUUUGAAGAUGAUGACUUAGAAUGUAUAUUUGUUGCAUUUAUGAUUCUUAAUGUCAUUUUGGAUAGUACGGGGAAAGAUACAAACUGGUCACUGUUUAGCAAUCUCCUUCAACCUGUUAGUGUGAUAAGAGAUGGUACUGAAAAUAAGGAACUGAAAAGAUUAGCUGCCAGAGUAUUUAACAUAAUUUCAACAUGUGGAGCAGUAUCUGAAAGCAGCUUAAAUAACCAACAUAGCAAGAAGACUUCUUGUGAAGAAGCCUUACAUGAUGCUUGUGACCCUUUGUUACCUGUUCGUGGUCAUGCUCUUGUUCAGUUAACUAAGCUCCUACAUAAACGUGAUAAGGAAACAUUAGCCAAGAAAGAAGCAGUACUUUGUUUAUUCAAAGAAAAUUUGAACAAUUCUGAUUCGUAUAUUUAUCUUGCUGCUAUUAAUGGUAUGGUAGCCUUUGCAACUAUUCAGCCAGAAGAGGCAGUCCAUUCUCUUUCAAAAGAGUAUAUUGCUAUUGUCUCAGCUGGAGAGAGUAGCACCAGGGAUCCAGAACUUCGUAUAAAAGUUGGAGAAAUAUUAGUAAAGCUGGUUCGGGAAUUGGGAGCAUUGGCUCCUAAAUUUAAGAAUGAGCUGCUGAAUGCAUUUUUAGUGGGCGCAAAAGAUGUUGACCAUUUAAUGCGAGCCUCUAGUUUAUCAAAUCUUGGUGAGAUAUGUCAGAUUCUUGGGUACAGGAUUGGUUCAAUUCUGCAGGAACUGCUUGUUUGUGUGCAGAGUAUUUUGCGUUUUGAUAAGGCACUUGAACCAAGAAGGGCCUCUGUAAUGGUACUGACACAUUUACUGAGGGGCUUAGAUGCUGAAACAUUUCCUGUGUUACAGGAGGCUGCAUUAGAACUUUAUCGUAGUUUGAAGACAGUUUAUUGUGAGGAUCAGGAUGAUGUUGUGCGUCUACAUGCCCAACUAGCCUUGGAAGAACUAGGAAGACUAGCUCAAGAAAUUUUGUUUCCCAAGAUUUCAAUGGAAAAGAAAAUUCAUAUUUUACCCUAGUUUAUGCAGUUUGUUUUCCUGUUAAAUUUAUUGGUUUAAAUAGUUUAAAAUAAAACAGAAUUUUUUUUUUU